AUGAACUGGCAGCGGCUGUGGCUGGGCUUCCUACUGCCUAUGACAGUCUCGUGCUGGGCCCUGGGGCCUGGAGAGAGGGAGGCAGCAGAUUACUUGUUGCAAUACGGGUACCUACAGAAGCCUCUAGAAGGACCUGAUGACUUCAGGCCAGAAGAUAUCAUAGAAGCUCUGAGAGCUUUUCAGGAAGCAUCUGAGCUGCCAGUCUCAGGUCAGCUAGAUGACACCACGAGGGCCCGUAUGAGGCAGCCCCGUUGUGGUCUGGAGGACCCCUUCAACAAGAAGACCCUUAAAUACCUGCUGCUGGGCCGCUGGAGAAAGAAGCACCUGACCUUCCGCAUCUUGAACCUGCCUUCCACCCUCCCAUCCUACACAGCCCGGGCAGCUCUGCUUCAAGCCUUCCAGUACUGGAGCAAUGUGGCUCCCUUGACCUUCCGGGAGGUGAAGGCUGGCUGGGCUGAUAUCCGCCUCUCCUUCCAUGGCCGCCAAAGCCCAUACUGCUCCAAUACCUUUGAUGGGCCUGGCAAGAAAAGCCCAGAGACAGAGGAUGAGGAAGAAGAGACGGAGCUCCCCACUGUACCCCAAGUGCCCACAGAACCCAGUCCCAUGCCAGACCCCUGCAGUGGUGAACUGGACGCCAUGAUGCUGGGUAAGACCCUUCUCCUCUAGGCUGUAGGCAGGCAGUGGGGUGGCUGCUGACCUUGAGAUGGGAGUGACAUUGGACCUAAGCGUGAGCAAUGGCAGGCCCCGAGGGAAGACCUACGCUUUCAAGGGAAACUACGUGUGGACCGUGACAGAUUCAGGGCUGGGUCCCUUGUUCCAAGUGUCUGCCCUUUGGGAGGGGCUCCCAGGAAACCUGGAUGCUGCUGUCUACUCUCCUCGGACGCAAUGGAUUCACUUCUUUAA